UGUCGCUGUCUGUCUUUGUCAUAUGGUCUUUGUCCCCUCAGAGACUCAGAGUGAGGAGAGGAGGAACAUGUCCGCCGUGCAGCUGCUGCGGGUGUCGGUACAUGAGCGGAUCAGCGCUGCCGCUGAAGACGUCCUGCUGCAGGUGGCGAAAGGAGGAGGAAAGGAUCAAGUCCCGGAGCUGAGAGCGAUGCUCACCGAGCGGCUCGCGGCGGCGGGGGAACAGAUCCUCGCGGGCCUUGAGGACCGAGUGGGGCGGUCCGAGCGGGAGAUCUGCCGCCAGAGGAGGCUGCUCGAUGCCGCGAUGCAGCCCGUAGUCCGGCUUCACAGAGCAGACGUCCAGCACCUGAUGGUGAAUAAAGAAGAGGUUCCCUCUGAGGAGCAGCAGUGGAGCCCCCUUGUGGACCAGGAGGACCUAGAGCCCCCCCACAUUAAAGAGGACCCAGAGCUCCCCCACAUUAAAGAGGAACAGGAGGAACCGUGGACCAAUCAGGAUGGACAGCAGCUUCAAGGACUGAAGGAGGCUGAUAUCAAGUUCACAUUGACGCCUGUCGCUGUGAAGAGUGAAGAAGAUGAAGAGAAACUUAAAUCGUCAAAGCUUCAUCCCAGUGAGACGACGGAGAACAGAGCAGACUUUGGAGGACCAGAACAAGCCAGGAACUCAGGUCCUGAUGGACGUUUACAACCAGGUCCUGAGGACAAGACUGGGGACUCUUCUGAGACUGAAGUCAGUGAGGAUGAAUGGAUGGAGACCAGGGAAACUCAGACUGAUUUAAAUACAAGAAAUAACAAACAGCCUCUAAGUGAUAUGGGAUGUAAGACAGAAAAAAACCUGUUUAGUUGCUCUGAAUGUGAUACAAAAUUUAACCAAAGGUACAAUCUAAAAAGACAUAUGAGGAUUCAUACAGGAGAGAAACAGUUUAGUUGCUCUGAGUGUGGUAAAAGAUUUACCAGAAGGUGCAGUCUAAAUUCACAUAUGAUGAUUCAUACAGGAGAAAAACCGUUUAGUUGCCCUGAGUGUGAUACAAGAUAUAUCGAAAGGAGCGUUCUACUUAAACAUAUGAGGAUUCAUACAGGAGAUAAACCGUUUAGUUGUUCUGAGUGUGGUAAAAGAUUUACCCAAAAGUGCAGUCUAAAUACACAUAUGAGGAUUCAUACAGGAGAAAAACCGUUUUGUUGCCCUGAGUGUAGUGAAAGAUUUAACAGAAGGUCAGCUCUAAAUACACACAUGAGGCGUCAUACAGGAGAGAAACUGUUUAGUUGCUUUGAAUGUGGUAAAGGAUUUAGCCUUAGGAGCACUCUAAAUAAACAUGUGAUGAAUCAUACAGGAAAGAAACUGUUUAGCUGCCCUGAGUGUGGUAAAAGAUUUAACAGAAAGGGCGAUCUAAUUACACAUAUGAUGAUUCAUACAGGAAAGAAACCGUUUAGCUGCCCUGAGUGUGGUAAAAGAUUUAACAGAAAGGGCGGUCUAAAUAUACACAUGAGGAUUCAUACAGGAGAGAAACCGUUUAGUUGCCCUGAGUGUGGUAAAAGAUAUACCCAAAGGGGCAAUCUAAAGACACAUAUGAUGAGUCAUACAGGAGAGAAAUCGUUUAGUUGAUCUGAGUGUGGUAAAAGAUUUAAGAUUCGGUCCUACUUUACGAGACGUGAGGAUUCAUGAAGGAGAGAAGUGAUUCAAAUGCAACCUUUGCAUCAGGUAUUUAUUAAGAACUAUGAGCAAAUAUUCAUAUUAUACAUAUUCAUAGUUCACUGUUUUAAAGGGGACAUAUUAUGAAAAUUCCACUUUUGUAGUGCUUCUACACGUUAAUUUGGGUAUCUGGCAUGUCUAACGUCCCAAAAACUUUGGAAAAAAACAACUCCUGCGAUUUGUUGUGGUUCCUCUUUGUCAGAAACGAGACGGCAGUACGGCCUAAAAGUACGUAAUUUUCCAACCAUGCCUUGGACCACCCCCACCAUCAUCUCACCAGCUCUGGAGAGAGACGGCCCGGCUCCCCGGCUAACUAGGGGAGACGCUGGAGCGUGUUAGCUUGCUGCUACCCGUCAGACAUCUAAGUGGCCGCAUAAACAUGCUGAUGGUAAAGGCGGAGACCCCCGGGACACCUCUAAACGUCGACUCAGCAGUGUGGAAGGAUGCUGCUGCGCCAGCUCCAGCUCCCACUGCUGUGCGGCGCUGGGGCUCUGGCAGCCAGGCUUCGGCCCACCUGACUCUGGUUCAAAACGAUAAGGUUGAAAGAUUGUCCUCUUCGUCUCCACUAGCCAUAUUUCUACAGAGGUAAUAGAUAGUUACAAAUCUGGGCGCUUGUAUCUCGUGAAGGGGAGGCACUCAAAACAGGUCAAUCUGAGGAGGGCUGUUUUAGAAGGGUGCGGUUUUAAAUGAUCCUUGUGGUAUUUUGACCAAAAUAUGCUACAGACAUUUCAUGACGACCUCUAGGAACCAUAUCGACUGUUGUAAAAUGGGCAAGCGAUGGGUCUUUUAAGUAGACUAUUAACCGUUUUUAUGUCUCAGAAAAUAUAAAUCAUUAAAAUCAGUGUUUAAAAAUCGUGUUUCUACUGAUUUAUCUAUUUUUCAUAAAGUCCAUGUCAUUUUAAGGUUAAAUUGUGUUCCUUGCACAGUAUGAAUGUGUUUUUAAUUAGUUAAUAUGAUUAAAUGUGUUUGUGAGAUUCAAU